GGCUUUGUAAUUUGUAAACCUUCGCUCACCCUGCUCUGCAGACAGCAACAGCAUCCGCGUUAUUGGUACGCUCACAACUCAAUAACCCUAUUUGCCCCCAGGAUGGCCGGCGGCAACCAUCCCAAAUCCUCCGCCUCUGCCUCCGCAUCCGCCUCCGCCUCUGCCUCCGCAUCCGCCUCCGCCUCCAACCGCAAAUCCCGCUGGGAACCCAACGCCACCGGCACCGCCACAAACAAAUCUCCGUCGGAUCCCAAACCCUCCACCGCCCCCUCCCCAAAAACCAAAUCCAACCCCAACCCCAACCCCAACCCUAACCCUAAUGCUAACCAUAACUCUAACCGUAGCCCCGGAAACCCGGCCCUUAUGCCAUUUCCCUUCCCGGAGCCUCCUCCUCCCCCGGCUUACGGCUUCCACAUGCUUGAGCGCCGAACCAUAGUCCUCGCCGACGGCAGCGUCCGAUCCUAUUUCGCUCUUCCCCCUGAUUACCAGGAUUUCGCACCACCACCCCGCCCUCUUGACCUCCUUGGCGGCUUCGAUAAACGCUUCCCUCCCGGCGGAUCCCUUAGUCCUGGGAGGUUCCGCCUCGACGGCCGCCACCCCCAUUACCGGAAUCCGCUUGAAGGCUCGGCGAAGAGGAAGUAUGGCGAUGAGGAUGGUAGGGAUGAACUUGCUAGGCAAAGGGAGCAGCUUUUGCGUAAUGCUAAUCUCAAUGGGUUUGGUACGGUUCCUGGCGGCGAGUUUUAUGCAGGUCCCAGUGGCCCCCUCAGACGGGAUUUGGUGGACCCUGGUCGUGAUGCUGAGUUGAGACCUUCCAAGCACCUGAGGGUUGAUGGGGUUAAUGCUAGGCACCAGCAGGUUGAUCAGGAUGCGUUGAAGAAAGCCUUUCUUCAAUUUGCUAAGUUGAUUAAUGAAAAUGCCUCCCAAAAGAAGAGUUACUUGGAGGAUGGAAAGCAAGGGCGGCUUCAGUGUGUGGCUUGUGGCAGGUCUACUAAAGAUUUUCCAGAUAUGCAUUCUCUCAUUAUGCACACUUACAACUCAGAUAAUGCUGAUUUACGUGUUGAUCAUUUGGGAUUACACAAAGCUCUGUGUGUCUUAAUGGGUUGGAACUACUCAAAGCCUCCUGAUAACUCAAAGGCAUAUCAGUUCCUAUCUGCUGAUGAAGCAGCAGCAAAUCAGGAUGAUCUGAUCAUGUGGCCACCACUGGUUAUCAUUCAUAAUACAAAUACUGGAAAAAAUAGAGAUGGUCGCAUGGAGGGUUUGGGAAACAAAACGAUGGAUAAUAAAGUUAGAGAGCUCGGAUUUAUGGGUGGCAAAUCAAAGUCAUUAUAUGGAAGAGAUGGUCAUUUGGGCAUGACACUGGUUAAAUUUGCUGGUGAUCAAUCAGGCUUUAUGGAGGCCAUGCGGCUUGCUGAACACUUUGAGAAGGAAAAUCAUGGACGCAAGGAUUGGGCCCGUGUGCAGCCCCAAACAUUAGGAAAGGAUGACGAGAACAAUGCCAACCUUGUGACGGUGGAUGAGAAAAAAGGAGAGAAAAGGAAGGUCUUGUAUGGCUAUCUAGGGACUGCUUUUGAUCUUGACAAAGUUGAUUUUGACACAAGGAAGAAGGCAGUCAUAGAGAGCAGGAGAGAAUACAAACCGUCCAUGUAGUUUUUGGACUAUACAUGGAAUAACAGUGUAAAAUGGUUUGUAGAUUGUUCUGGAAAAAGUCUUUCCAGUUGCAUUAUAGUCCCGAUUCCUGAAAAUUAUAAAAGCUUUGUUAUAUUAUAUUAACCUUUUUAAUGCUACAUUAGGAGGCAGCGUUGCCAACAUUUUUAUUCUAAUUCUUGUGAUUCAUUUUGAUUUUUCCUGCCAUAGUUAACAUUAGGCACAGUAGGAAAACUUGUUCGCCUUUCCACCA